AUGGCUAUGGUCUGGAGGAUAAUCCUACUCCUGCACCUGGGCUACUCAGGAGCAGAGCUAUACCAGCGUGGAAUUAACGAAAGCUAUACGGAGCAGGAGGAGAGGCUCCUAAGCCUGCUUUUGAGGUUGCAGCAGGAGGAGUACUACGACACCUUGUUGGUGUAUGGAGAGGAGUGUCCCUUCCACUCCCUGUCUAGAAGCUUGGAGAUUCCUGCUGUGAUGGUGUCCUUGGGUGGCACUAACUACGACUGGAAUUUUGGUAGCCUUACGCUGAUUCUAAGCUAUGUAUUGGCGCCUCGAUCUAUGCCUUAUGUGGACAAAAACACCGGUGAGUUAAAGUUGAUGGGUUAUGUGGCCAACUUGAUUAGCAAUUUUGCCCAAAGACUAAACGCCACCUUACAAUUCGAAGUCUUAAAAAACGAGACCAACUUUCAACACAUACUGGAGAAGGUUCGCUCAGAUCAGCUUGACUUGGGCAUCACCAUGCAUGCAGCCUUGCAGAAGACACCCCUUGACACGGCAAGCUACCCAUUCAUGGUGACAACUUAUUGCCUGAUGCUACAGAUUCCAGCCAAGUUGCCAUACAAUAAGGUAUAUGAGAUGAUAGUGGAUCCUCUGGUCCUGGGCAUUAUCCUGUUACUGUUCUGCAUCUUGUCAGUGCUUUUGAUAUAUGGUAGGAACAGGUCCUGGCAGGACCUUAGCCUGGCCAAUGUUUUGCUGAAUGAUGUGAGCCUACGCGGCCUCUUGGGACAAUCGUUUCCGUUUCCCCUCAACUCCAACAGACACCUUAAGCUGGUAUUUAUCAUACUGUGCUUUGCCAGCGUAUUGAUGACCACCAUGUACGAUGCCUAUCUGCAGUCGUUCUUUACGAAUCCUCCUUCUGGACCGCAUGUACACACCUACAAGGAUUUAGGAAGGUUUAAUCAGAAGCUGGCCAUCACCGCCAUCGAAGUGAAAACUCUUAAAAAUAUAAAUAAUUCUCAUUUUCAUGAGGUGAAACAAGAUGACAUUGUUGUCUUUGAUGAUUGGCAGGAAUUAAUAAGACUGCGAGACAACUUUAAUCUGAAUUAUAGCUUCAUAGUGACCGGGGAUCGAUGGAGUUCCUAUGCGGAGCAGCAAAAGAUCUUCCAGAAGCCGCUGUUUUACCUAUCGAAUGACCUUUGCUUCACCCGCAUGGCCUUCUUUUCCAUACCCUUACGGCGAUACCUGCCCUAUCGCCAUCUCUUCGAGGAUCACAUUCUGCGUCAGAACGAGUUUGGUUUGGUUGGCUAUUGGCAGGCCCACAGCUUCUUCGAUAUGGUGAGACUGGGCAUAACGCCCCUGGAGGAUCUGAGUCACCCAAAACCCUUCGAGAAGAGCAUAAUUAUGGAGGAUGUCUCAAGGAUACUGCAGUUUUACUUGGCUGGUAUGGUCAUGAGCAUUUUGUGCUUUCUGCUGGAACUAGCAGUGGCCAAGUGGAGUAGCUGGCGGGGAAAGAGAAUGUAA